AUGGCCGACUUCGAUUCUUUCAUUCCGGCGCUGCACAAACCAUCAUCGCUGCUCCCAAUCGCACGACACCGAGAUGCCCUACUCUACACCAUUGAACAGCACCCCGUUACCAUCAUAAUUGGUCAGACUGGCUCUGGUAAAACGACUCAGCUUCCCCAGUAUCUUGAGCAAGCGGGAUGGUGCCACGAUGGCAAGAUUAUUGCCGUGACACAAGCAACCCCGUCGAGUGGCUGUAACGACAGUAGCAAGUCGAGUGGCUGCUGA